AUGCCCAAAGAGGCCAUUGAGGGCACCUACAUAGACAAGAAAUGCCCCUUCACCAGAAAUGUCUCCAUCCGAAGUCAGAUCCUGACUGAUGUCGUGACAAAGACAAAGAUGCAGAGGACCAUUGUCAUCCACCGGGACUAUCUCCAUUACUUCCAAAAAUACAAUCGCUUUGAGAAGCAUCUCAAGAACAUGUCUGUGCACCUGUCCCCCUGUUUCAGGGAUGUACAGAUCAGCCACAUUGUCACUGUUGGAGAGUGUAGGCCUCUGAGCAAGACUGUAUGA